UGUACACGAGCACAAAAAUUCCACAACUUUGUAAAUUUCUUAAAAUUUUAUCCAGUGUUUACAUUAAUUAAAGCUUAAGAAUGCCUCCUAAAAAGACUAAUUCUGGGGCAAGUAAAAAGACGGAACUAAAGAAAAAGGAGAAGGUUAUCGAGGACAAGACUUUCGGCUUAAAGAAUAAGAAGGGAGCUAAGCAGCAAAAGUUCAUACAACAAGUUUCCAAGCAAGUGCAAAGUGGUGGUCUGCAUCCCAAGACAGAUGCCAACAAAAAGAAGGAUGAGAAGGAAAAGAAAUUGCAAGAGUUAAAGGAGUUGGCAUCCAUUUUCAAGCCUGUGCAAGCGCAAAAGGUUGAAAAGGGCACUGAUCCCAAAUCGGUGGUAUGUGCAUUCUUUAAGCAAGGCCUCUGUACCAAGGGCGACAGAUGUAAAUUCUCUCACGAUCUAACAGUCGAAAAUAAGGUUGAAAAACGUUCCAUGUAUGUGGAUAUGCGUGACGAUGGUGAAGACGACAUGAGAAACUGGGACGAUGCCAAGCUAAAGGAAGUGGUGGAUCAAAAACAUGCCGACGAGAAAAAAAGACCUACAACAGAUAUUAUUUGCAAAUACUUUAUUGAAGCUGUGGAAAAAUCAAAAUAUGGUUGGUUUUGGGAGUGUCCAAACGGUGAAAAAUGUAUUUACCGUCAUGCUUUGCCAGCCGGAUAUGUCUUGAAAAAGGACAAAAAGAAGAUGGAUGAAAAUAAACCUUCCGAACUUUCAUUGGUGGAUUUGAUUGAAAAAGAAAGAGCUGCCUUGGGCUCCAACACCACCAAAGUCACUUUGGAAACUUUCUUGGCCUGGAAGAAACGCAAAGUCCAAGAGAAGAAAGAAAAACUGGCUGCCGACGAGGAGCGCAAAAAGAACGACUACAGCAAAGGCAAACAGUUUGGUAUUUCUGGCAGAGAAAUGUUCAGCUUUAAUCCCGACUUGGUUGAUGAUGGUCCCAUGGAGGAUGGUGAUGCUGCUUUCGAAAUGUACAAUCGUGACGAAGAUGAGGAGGGCAUGGAAUACAAAGAAUUGGAUUUGGCCGCUUUGACUUUAGAAGCCCAGGAGGCUGAUGGUUCUGGUACCGUGGCAUCUGAGUCACGGUUAAAAGAACAAGCCAAUAAUAUAGCUAAAAUUGAGCAAGAAGAAGCGGCUGCUGCAGCCGUUGAAGCUGAUGACUCAAAUGCACCUGCCUCGGAUGCUGCACCCAUUAAUAAGGAUCUAUUUAUGGGUUUGGCCGAUGAACUUGACGACUUGGAUCUGGAAGAUGAGGAGGACGACGAUGACUAAAGACUUUUGUUUAGGAAACAUUUCCAAUCUUUUUUUUAAAACCCUACAGGAAAACAUACUAUCGAAAAAAAAAUAUAGAAAACGCAUGUUUAAAAUGAAAUAAAUAACUAACAAAAAUGGUUGAUAUACACAAAAAAAAAGAAACAAUAGUUUGCAAAUUAAACAAAGUAAAAGUGCAACAAAAUGUUAAACAAACAAAAAUAAUCAAUUUCUUAAUAAAAUUUAAAUUGAGUGUAUAAAAUAAUAAA